AUGGAGUACAAAAGCACAGUAAAUGCUACUGUACCGGCACUCCUUCCUAGUCCAAUUUUUGACAAUUACUGUUGUAAGCAUUCCUAUAAUAUUCCAUUGAUUCCACUAAUUGACAAGUAUGCUUUGUCUAGCCUUGGAGAACUUGGCCUCCGAUGGUUUGACAAACUCCCCAAUGGCUCGAUUUAUGACUGGACGCAGCUCUCUGAGGCGUUCUUAGCCCGAUUUGUCUCCAACAGCAGAGUCCGAAAGCAGUUAGAUACUUUGUUCAAUAUCCGAAAGGACAGGAAAGAGACCCUACGCCAGUACGCGCGACGGUAUUGGGAGGAGUAUGGUGACUUGGAAGAAAAUGUUUGUAGUGAACAAUUGGCCGUGCUAUACUUCAAGCAAGGCCUACCCCCUUCGUACAAGCUAAGGCAGCCGUUGACGAAACGACCUGCCCCCACCAUGAAGGAUUUGAGGGCUCGAAUAGAGCAACAAGCUCGUGUGGAAGAUGACACUGCUUCGGUACAUGUCGCGGUUGCUAAAGAAAAAGUCAGACCGCCUCGACCGCCUAAGACUGAGCAGCCAAGAAGGGAUGAGCAGCGCAAGAACUAUGGCCAAAGGAACCGCUCCACAGCAGAAAAUGAGGAGGAAAGGGCCAAGUCUUAUGAAGGCAUCACCACCGUCUUCAAAGAGCCAAUAUACAGGCUUGUCGAGAAACUUAAAGGGGAAGCCUUCUUUGUUUGGCCAGCUAAGAUGCCUGGAGACCCUGCUCGGCGCAAUCAGACACUACGUUGCACCUAUCAUCGAGAGAAGGGACACAAGACGCAAAAUUGCAGAGCUCUCAAACAACACUUGGAGGACUUAGUUACGGCAGGACACCUCCAACAAUGGAUAGACGUUGAUAAGACGAGGGAAAAGCAGGGACCAGACCAAGCCCCUCCUGAAGCGAACCAUGCCCCGAGGUUGGUCAUCAACGUUAUCCAUGGAAUGACUGACCCCGAAAGGGAAAACACAAUUCGAGGAGAAAUCCAACGAGCCACCCACAUUCAACAGGUAAUGUCGGUAGGACCUCCUCCUAAAAAGUCCAAGACAGAAGCCAGACCUUCUCGGUUUAACGUCAUGUUCACUGAGAAGGACCUAGAGGGAAUCCAGCACCCCCACACCGAUGCCCUCAUCGUUACAGUUGGUGUGGCCAACAAGUUCGAUGUGAAGCGAGUCUUGAUUGAUCAAGGAAGUGCCGCAGACAUCAUGUAUUAUGAGCUUUUCAAGAAGCUCGGCCUCAAUGAGCAACACCUGACACCUGCCACCUCCCCUUUAGUUGGCUUUAACUCGCAAACCGAAUGGCCGCUCAGCCGAAUAACUCUGUCUGUCUUAGCUAAGUCCAAGGUGGUCUCUGUUGACUUCUUGGUGGUAAACACCCCAUCUCCCUACAACGCCAUCCUCGGCCGACCUUGGAUUCACCAGAUGGAGGCAGUCCCUUCCACCUAUCACCAACUCGUUCACUUUCCAACCAAGUAUGGAGUGGAGGAGAUUCGUGGAGACCAAGUGGCAGCCAAACACUGCUUCAUUGCCGCCAUGAAAACCAAACAAGUCUGCGACCAAGUAUAG